AUGGCAGCGUUCUUUGAAGACAACAAAAUUCAGCCCGACUCGCAGCACGGCUUCAGAAGCGCCCGCUCUUGCACGACCAUGCUGAUGCGGACGCUCGACGAUUGGACAGCAGCGCUAGACAGCCAGAGUGGGGCGCAGGUCCACACCGUGUUCUUGGACUGGGCAAAGGCAUUUGACAAAGUCCCCCAUCAGCGGCUGCUCUCCAAGCUGCAGCAAUACGGUGUGGACGGCGGCGCGCUAAAAUGGUACGCUGACGACUGCACCAUCCACAACCAGAUUCGGAGUGAAGAUGACGUUGAGGCCCUGCAGGAGGACCUCGCGCACAUCGACGUGUGGUGCGCCAACAAUGGUAUGCAGCUAAACGCCAAGGAGUGCGUCGUCAUGGACCGCUGCAGCCUGCAGUACGUUGCCACGCAGCGGCUGCUUGGUGUGCACCUGUCGAGAAACCUACGCUGGAACCACCAUGAUGACGUCCAGCGGAAAAAAGCGCCGCAAACCCUUGGGUUCGCGGCUCGGAACUUGCGCGGCUGCACGCAAAGAAUGAAAAGGAUUGCGUACCUUUCACUGGUGAAGCCCAAACUGUUCUACGGAACACCAGCAUGGCACCCCUCAACAAAAACUAACACUGAGAAGAUGAUUAGAGUGCAGAACAGGGCCCUGCAUUUUAUUCACAGCCGCCGCAUCCCACCACCAAACCAACAACAUCUACUUUCAGUGCCUGCACAACUGGUGUACAACGACCUCCUGUAUUUCAAAAAGUGCCUAGCAGGAGUAACGGACUACGACGCGAUGGCACGAAUUACCCUUGGCCGCGUGCACCGUGGAGACAAUCCACUGCACCCUCGACUUCAGCAGCCAUCCGCCCGCACCGAUCUCGGGAAAAACAUCUUUGACUUUCGCGUCGUUAAGGAGUGGAAUGAUUUGCCACCCGCACUAAAGGACUGCUCAGCGGCAAAGUUUCCGUCCCUCUGCAAGGCGUAUGUGACAGCAAGAUUUUAG